AUGUUCGGCUCCGAGAAAGUUGACCAGGAAGGUCAGGUCUUGUCAGGUGAAGUUCAUGAUGAUCCUGGGCAUGCUCAUGAUGCUGUUUUUGGAAAGAUCAGCGAUGAUGGGCCGAACUAUCGCAAUGUCGGUUGGGUUGGAACUGCUGGUCUCAUGAUGAAGACACAACUGGGUCUUGGCAUCCUUUCUAUCCCUUCUGUCUUCGAUACCCUAGGCAUGAUCCCCGGCCUCAUCUGUCUCUGUGUUGUAGCAGCUAUCACGACAUGGUCAGAUUACAUAGUUGGAAUAUUCAAGCUUCGACAUCGAGAGGUAUACGGUAUCGACGAUGCAGGAGGCUUGAUGUUUGGCAGAGCAGGCCGAGAGAUCUUUGGAUUUGCUUUUGGUCUUUGUAAACUGGACAUUUUCAUCAUCCUUACAGUCGCUGUGGGCAUUCAAGACCGACCAGCAGCUGCACCCAAAGACGCUGUUUGGGUAUCAGACUACCACCUCUUCAAGAAACCCAGCUUCACCAAUGCCAUCUCAGCCAUCUGCUCAUUGGUUUUUGCAUACGCAGGCACGCCCGCCUUCUUCUCCAUCGCGGCUGAGAUGAGAGACCCUAGACACUACACGAGAUCACUGAUCCUGUGUCAAACGGUUAUCAGUGCGUGCUAUAUCGCCAUUGGUUGCGUAGUGUAUUAUUUCUGUGGCUCAUAUGUUGCGUCGCCUGCCCUUGGAUCAGCAGGUGUUUUGAUCAAGAGGGUCACGUAUGGAAUUGCACUUCCUGGGUUGAUUGUUACUACCAUGUUGACCUGUCAUCUAGCGAGUAAACACGUUUUUGUUCGUGUUUUGCGAGGUUCUAAGCAUCUCGCCGCCAACACAUUCGUCCAUUGGGCAUCUUGGAUUGGAUGUACCUUCGGUAUUACCGUUGUAGCCUACGUGAUUGCCAGUGGCAUCCCCGUUUUCAGCGGUCUUGUUUCUCUUAUUGGCGCGUUGCUCGCUACAUCCUUGUCGUUCCAGCCCAUGGGUUGUAUGUGGCUGUAUGACAACUUCAAGCGCGCGAAGCAAGAUCGAUCUGCGACUUGGUACAUUGGAGUUCUAUGGAGCUUUACGAUCAUCGUAUUGGGGACAUUCUUGACUGUGGCCGGAACUUAUGCUUCUGUGGUUGAUAUCAUGGCUUCGUAUAAGGUCUCUGGAGGAUCGGCAGCUUGGUCUUGUGCCGACAACUCUGGCUCUUCAUAA